UUCUACUCAAACGAAAGUCACUAUUCAGAGCACUAAAUUUAAUCACAAUAAAGACCACCACCCGCCGCGUUGCCCAACCGCUGCUCGCUCGAUGCCAUCACCUCCUUCUGCCCUUGGUCCGUCGCCGGCAGCCGAGUUUAAAAUCCCUUAAUUCCAACUUUGUUUUGGGCUUGAAAGAUAUAUAUCACACUCGAUCUACCGUUCCAAUAACACACGCCGGCAAAUUAAGUUGAGAAAAAUGGAGGAUUGAAUAGGAAAGAUAAGAAGAAGAAUCACAAAAAGGCAUCCCCUCAUUGUUGUUUUCUAGCUACGGAUGUAGUUUGGUCCAAUUAAGCAAGAAAGCUAAAAGGAAGCAAAGACAUGGCGGAGGCCCUCCUCUUAUCGGUGAUAGAGAAGCUGGACAUUAAUUAUCGAAAUGACGAAACAAAUGAAAUUGGAAGUGUAAUUGAAGAGAUGAGAGAGAUUGUGGAUAUUGUGAGGGAUAAGAAAAUGGAAGAGGGGAGAAGCCUAAAUUUUUUGGUAUGUGACCUUGUCGACAUGGCUGAGGAUGCCCUCGACCUUUACAGAAAACGGGAAACCCAUCAAAAGUACUAUGAUUCCAUCCAUGGUUGGAUCGGAGAGAUCAAAAAGCGCAUGUUGAAACUGGGAGAUGAUGGGAUGGAGGCGGAGUCCAAUAUGAGAUCAUCAGAAAAUGUUGAUGACAAAUAUGUGGUGGGGUUGGAGGAAGAUGUGCAAAUGCUGCUUCGCACAAAGAUUAUUGGUGUUAAAGGAGACUUGGAGACUGUUCUUAUCAAAGGAAUGUGUGGUACUGGAAAGACAACUCUUGCCAGAGAGAUAUACAACCAUGCAACCGUCAUUGAGCGAUUCAAGCACCGUGCUUGGGUAUGCGUUUCUACUAACUCAACUCUUAAAGAGCUGCUUAUCAAACUAAUACAACAGGUAGUUCCUGAGAAUCUCCAUACAUCUUCCUUAUUGGAGAAUAUGGACAACCGAAGCCUCCGAGAUAUGAUUCGCCAACACCUGCAAGGAAAGCGACAUUUUAUAGUUCUCGACAACGUGCCCAAACAAAUGCACGUGAGGUCUUUCUUGAAAGCUCUUCCAGGAUCAAUCGAUGGAAGUAUAUUGCUACUCACAAGUCACACGAGGCAGAUCAACAUACAUGUAGACGAUCAAGAUGUUCAUCAUAUGAAACCUUUGGAUUCUAAUAAGAGCUGGCAAUUGUUUCUGAAAACAAUAAACCAUGGCAAUAAAUUGACGGGUGAGCACAAAUUCCCAAUGUCCUUGGUGCAAGAAGGAAAACAAAUGUUGAGAAAAUGUGACGGUCUGCCAUUAGCCAUAAAAGAGGUGGGAAAACAGUUAGCGGAAAAGAAAGUCUCCAGGGGGAGUGAAUGGGAACAACUUCUUGAAUCAGUUGAUUUUGGUCCAAUAUUGAAGUUAUUGGAACCAUUUUAUCAUAAAUUGGAUCCCAAACUGGAGUCAUGUUUCUUGUGUAUGGCCUUCUUUAAGGAAAAUACAACUUUGAGGAAAGAAAAGUUAACACAGAUUUGGGUUGCAGGAGGACUAGUGGAUUUGGAAGAUGAAUGUAAACCAUAUUUAAAUGGUUUAAUCAAUGACUCUUUUAUUGAUGUCAAGGACAAGAGCACGGAGUAUCACAUGAAUGUUGUUCUACACAUGCUAUCCAUCCAAAAGGCAGAGGAGAAACUUGGUUUUGAGAUUCUAAGGAACAAUAGAAAUAAUCUACCCUCUCAGAGUCCUCGUCAGCAUCGUGUUAUCAUUUGUAGCAGAGACAGGUUCAAUUACUCCACAGAUCAAGAUAAACAUCUUGUUUCUCUCUUCUUCCAUGGAGGUGGCUACUUCGAUGCUAAUUGGGAGAGCUUUGAACUACUUAAGAUACUUGAUUGGGAAGAUUUUGGGCUGAAGAAUUUACCAGAAAGUAGUAUUGACACAAUGAUGGGAUUAAGAUACUUGGGAUUGAGAAAUAAUUACAUACAAAAGCUCCCACGCUCAUUGGGGAAGUUGAAAGAGCUUGGGGUUCUUGAUAUAGCUCUCAACUUUAUGGUGGAGCUGCCUGACAUUAUAUGGAAAAUGGGUAGCCUUCGUCACCUCUACAUGUCUGAUGUGAUUUGCCGAGAGCCUCUGAAGAUUGACACGCUGGAGAAUCUGGAGACCUUAUCCUACAUCUCAUUUGAUAAUUGGAUGUAUGAGGCCUCCGGCUUGGAUAAAAUGACCCGUCUCUACAAACUGGGCAUUGAAGAAAUUGAUGAAUACUCAGACGUAAGCAAGCUCUUUGCAUCAUUAGCUAAGUUGAAGAAACUUGACCAUUUAAUCUUAAGAGGGUAUCGUUUCAGAAGCAUGCCUUGUUUGGAUGACCUCGGUAUUCUACGAUAUCUGAAUACACUCAAAUUGGAUGGACUCCUCGCCAGCUUACCAAAUUAUCUCCCUCCAUAUAUUCAAUCACUGACGUUGGUUAAUAGUUGUCUUGAUGAAGACCCCAUGCCACAACUAGGGAAGUUACAGAUGCUAUAUUACCUCAAAUUGCGGAAUGCAUACACUGGUCAACAAAUGGUGAUCUUGCACAAUGGCUUUCCCACGCUCAAAGUCUUGUGCAUCGAAGAGUUGUGGAAUCUGAGAAAUGUACGUGGAAAAGGUAAAAUUCGUUUGCUCAAUAAAUUACAAAUCCAUGAUUGUCCACAUGUGGAUGCCCUCUCGAAAGUGAUUGAGUCGAUUAUAUAUAUUAAGGAGUUAAAGAUGGUGACAACCAAAAGCAUUGCAAAAAAGAUUAGGAAUUCAGCCUUCAUCUCCAAAAUAGGGAUCGUGAAUAUCAAUCCAUGAGCUACAGCAGUUGUAUGCAUUACUGUUAUGUACAUUUUGCUAGUUGGCGUUGAUUUGGAUAUAUAGUUUCUAGCUACAUUUUCUCUCUUGGUGGUUGUGUGUAUGUAGAUGACAUUUAGUUGCGACAAUUGUGGUUUCUUCAUAUCUUGGUUGGGUGCGACUUUAUCACUUUAUAUUUAGAUUGCUAUAGUAUCCUCUGUUUCUCCCUUGA